ACGCUCCGUGACUGUCAGAUCCAACUUAAAAAGAUCGUGUGGUUACAUAUCGAACCAAUCGAAGAUUCUCGAAACCAUUAGUACAAAAUCUAUAAAGACUUCUCCUUCGACCACUUCUUUCGGAAAAAAAACAAAACCCUAGCCGCACGCUCGCACUUGCCUCUCUCUAAAAUCUAUCUAAGUUUGUUCAUUCGGUUUCAUUACUAUUAUUAAACCUCAAAUUCUUCCUCUAGUCAAAAGAGUUUAACAAUGUCUGGUAAAGGAGAAGGUCCAGCGAUUGGUAUCGAUCUCGGUACCACUUACUCUUGUGUUGGAGUUUGGCAACACGACCGUGUUGAGAUCAUUGCUAAUGAUCAAGGUAACCGUACCACCCCUUCUUACGUCGCCUUCACCGACAACGAACGCUUGAUCGGUGACGCCGCCAAGAAUCAGGUCGCCAUGAACCCCAUCAACACUGUUUUCGAUGCAAAGAGGUUGAUUGGUCGAAGAUUCAAUGACAGCUCUGUUCAAAGCGACAGACAAUUGUGGCCUUUCAAGAUCAUCUCCGGACCUGGUGAAAAACCAAUGAUUGUCGUGAACUACAAGGGAGAAGACAAGGAGUUUUCUGCUGAAGAGAUCUCUUCCAUGAUUCUCAUCAAGAUGCGUGAGAUUGCUGAAGCUUACCUUGGUACCACGAUCAAGAACGCUGUUGUAACUGUUCCUGCUUACUUCAAUGACUCUCAGCGUCAAGCUACAAAGGAUGCUGGUGUCAUUGCUGGUUUGAAUGUUAUGCGUAUCAUCAACGAGCCUACUGCUGCUGCGAUUGCUUAUGGUUUAGACAAGAAGGCGACUAGUGUUGGUGAGAAGAACGUUUUGAUCUUUGACCUUGGUGGUGGUACUUUCGAUGUCUCUCUUCUUACCAUUGAGGAAGGUAUCUUUGAGGUUAAGGCGACUGCUGGAGACACUCAUCUUGGUGGUGAGGAUUUUGAUAACAGGAUGGUGAACCACUUUGUCCAAGAGUUUAAGAGGAAGAACAAGAAGGACAUUAGUGGGAACCCGAGAGCUCUAAGGAGGUUGAGAACCGCCUGUGAGAGAGCGAAGAGGACUCUUUCCUCUACUGCUCAGACUACUAUCGAAAUCGACUCUCUGUUUGAUGGUGUUGACUUCUACUCUCCGAUCACACGUGCUAGAUUCGAGGAGCUUAACAUGGAUCUUUUCAGAAAGUGUAUGGAGCCUGUUGAGAAGUGUCUUCGUGAUGCUAAGAUGGACAAGAGCUCAGUUGAUGAUGUUGUCCUAGUUGGUGGCUCUACCCGUAUUCCCAAGGUCCAACAGUUGCUCCUCGAUUUCUUCAAUGGCAAGGAGCUUUGCAAAUCCAUCAACCCCGAUGAGGCUGUUGCUUAUGGUGCAGCUGUCCAGGCAGCUAUUCUUAGCGGUGAGGGUAACGAGAAGGUUCAAGAUCUCCUCUUGCUCGAUGUCACACCACUUUCUCUUGGUCUUGAAACCGCUGGAGGAGUCAUGACUGUUUUGAUCCAGAGAAAUACAACCAUCCCAACAAAGAAAGAACAAGUCUUCUCAACUUAUUCAGACAACCAACCCGGUGUCUUGAUCCAAGUCUAUGAGGGCGAGAGAGCAAGAACCAAAGACAAUAACCUUUUGGGUAAAUUUGAGCUUUCCGGCAUCCCUCCAGCUCCAAGAGGUGUUCCUCAGAUCACUGUCUGUUUCGACAUUGAUGCGAACGGUAUCCUCAACGUCUCGGCUGAGGACAAGACGACUGGGCAAAAGAACAAGAUCACAAUCACCAACGACAAAGGAAGAUUGUCAAAGGACGAGAUUGAGAGAAUGGUUCAAGAAGCUGAGAAGUAUAAGUCAGAGGAUGAAGAGCACAAGAAGAAGGUGGACGCCAAGAACGCUCUUGAGAAUUACGCAUACAACAUGAGGAACACAAUCCGUGAUGAGAAGAUUGGUGAGAAGCUUGCAGCAGAUGACAAGAAGAAGAUUGAAGACUCUAUUGAAGCAGCCAUUGAAUGGCUUGAAGGCAACCAGCUAGCAGAGUGUGAUGAAUUUGAGGACAAGAUGAAAGAGCUCGAGAGUCUUUGCAACCCAAUCAUAGCGAAGAUGUAUCAAGGUGGUGAAGCUGGUGGUCCAGCUCCAGGAGGAAUGGACGAGGAUGUUCCUCCUCCUGCUGGAGGUGCAGGUCCCAAGAUCGAGGAAGUCGAUUAAUAACCUUCUCCUCUGUGCUCGGUCCUGUCGUUCAGAAUACUAUUCUCUAUAUUGUCCCCCUUUUUGGUUUCCUUUUUUGUUAUUCAUGUAACUAUACUUUGGGAAUUCUCGAUUGUUUUCCCCUUUUAUUAAAGCUAUAACAGAAGAUGUUUUGAUUAGUUCAA